AUGUCUAGCAACCCCCACGAUUACGUCGACCCUCAUCGUCAGGGCCAAUAUCCUCCACCGCAGUGGUCUCAACCAGAAGACCAUCCCGCUGCUGCUGUUGCUGCUGCUGCUGCUCACCACUAUCCCCCGGUUUCGCAGUAUUCUUACCCCCCGGCUUCAUAUCCUCCCACCCCAGACCAUCAAUACCCGCCACCUCCGCCUGGCCAAUAUCCUCCCCCGACCACUAUGGCUGCCACUUAUCCCCAUAUCCAAGGUCCUCCUCAGGACCCAUAUCGUUUGCCUCCUCCGGGUGCCUACCGCCCCGAUGUCUACGCUCAGCAAGCCCCUCCACCUCCGCCUCAAGUCGUCUACCAAGCUGCUGCUCCCCGCCAGCGCACAGCUAUCGCCUGUCGCUACUGUCGGAGACGGAAGAUUCGUUGCUCAGGAUUUGAGAGUUCGCAAGAUGGCCGCUGUAGCAACUGUAUUCGCUUCAACCAGGAGUGCAUGUUCACACCCGUUUCUUCCCAAGCGCAAGCCUUUGUCCCGGCUCAUGCCGCCUACCCUCAUCUGCGAAAUGCGCAGAGCCAGGGGCGUCCUGGUGGUGUGAUGCUCUACGGUGCUCAUGGUCAACCCCUACCACCGCAGCAACAGCCGGGCACUGAUCUCCCACCGCCACAGGGAAUGUAUCAUCAACCUUAUGCUGCAGCCCCGGCGCCCCUUGCGUCAUCCAUGCCCCCAGACCAGGUAAGUUGCACAGGAUGCGAAAGUUUCUCUCGACCGGGUCGACGUGGCUCUGCGUCGGGCUUUGAAUAUCCGGAUCCUACCAACCUGGCCCCUGUUACUCCGGCGACCUCCACCCCUGGAUAUCAGACGCACACGGCGCCGAGUCCCUACUAUCCACCACCACCGCAUGACCGACGUCCCUCACCGCAGUCCACAUAUCCCUACGAUAGCCGCCACUCCUCCUCGCCGCACACCUCUCCUUACCCGCCAAUGCACCCCCCUCAGGGUGCUAUGACUCCUCCACCUACUUCCACGCCGACAUCGACGCGGGGUGGUGGCCUGAACGUUCGUGAUAUGCUUAAUCCCAACGACAACCCCGGCCGAUCCAGCACGGACAGCGACAUGCUCAAUGCUCUUAACCGCCGUGGCUUAAGCCAAUAG